AUGAAUGAGGGCUCUGAAAACGAUCUGAGCUCUCUCUCGCUGCCGGUUUCGGCUCGGCCCAAUAAAAUGAAUGUCUUUGCCAAAUCGAUACGGAAAUUGGGCAGAACAGCAUCCAGGCUCAACCUAGCUACUCAAUUCAACCAGGAGUCUCUCUCGGGACUGGCACUGCCGCCAAAGCUGUCCAGGCCACAGGAACCGCUGCCGGAAGAGAAUGCUUUCCAAGCUAUAUCUUACAAUGCUGUGGCAGAUCUGACGGAACCAACUCAGGUCAGGUACCUACCGAGGAAAGACUCCUUUACGGUCCUGGAGCUGCCACAACGGGUUCUGUUUGGAUCUGAUGACUUUAGAUCGAAACCAAAGGCUCCUGCCUUGGCUCCUGUUCAUACCAAUGUGAUGAGCGAGUGGACCAGCGUCAGCCCCGUUACUGCUCACAGUCCUGUGAUGUCACGGUCUUCAUCAAGAGGCAACUUCCAGCUGGUAGACUUAGCACUCACGGAACACAUCAUGAGCUCGGCCAAUGAUAGUGCCGCAAGCUUCAGCUCCCUCGAUCCGAAACCUAGAUCCACCAGCUUCCCAGACUCGCAAAUCCCCCGAUCCCAAAGCAUAAGCAGCUCCACUUUUGAAGCUCCCAAUAGCAUAGCCAAAUUGGGCCCUCCGGCGCCUUUGUAUUCAAAGCCAAAGGAACGCUCCAAUUCAAGCUCCAACAUCCUCGCCAGCUACAAUACACCCAGCUCGAAGGCCAUAAUAUCUAAUUCCUUGCAUUCCUUCCAUGUCGUUACAUCCCACAUCGACCAAAUGCCUGAGCCCGCCGUGGUGGAACAUUUAUUCGAGAAAUUACUUUCCAUUAGGGUCUUUCCAGAAGACUCCUUCAAGCAAACUCCCCUUAAACGAAAGUGGGAGCUUCUACUUAGUGAGGGUGAAACUAACGCUGCAUUCGAUCUUCCACAACUCCUCCAAGAAGCUACCAUCUCUGUGGAAGCUAAACCCCUUAAGCUCGAUACAAAGACCCCAAGCAGGUCAAGCUCCAAUACUCAACGAGAACGCCACUCAGAUUCUCUGAAUCGCACAUUGCAUACCCCAAUGCCUAGUGUUGCAUCCCCCACAGUGACUUCUAACGCGAAGAAAGGCUCUCCUGUUUGGUUCAUAAGACAGAUUCUUCGUAACUCCUUGCAAGCGAAAGAUUUCAAGAAGUUGGAUAAACGUCUUGUCAGUCUCAAUAAGUGGGUGAAAGAAUUUCGUGAACAGCAGGGUGAGUCUGCGUUAGCAAACUUACUCAAGCAGAUCAACCAAAAGAGCAUUAAGUCGAACGAUGAGUUCGAAAAGGAAAAGAUUAUCUGUAAAUGUCUUAAAACGUUAAUGGCAACAGAUCCAUCAAAUGAUAAAAUCCUGAAGAUAUCAUUUGCUCCCAAUUUGAUCAACCAAGAGCAUCUUCAAGUCGUGAGAAGUUUGCCCUUUUCGUUAUUAUCCCCAAGUAUUGAAACAAGAAUACUCGCAACCGAGCUCCUCAUCUACUUGACACAUUUUGAGGACUUCAACUUCUUUCCUCACCUUAUGGAUGAGUUUCGCAAGCUUCAAGAUAAGUUCCUCAUGUUUGUUCGGUUCCAACCAUGGAUGAACGCUUUGGAAUCUACGCUAGAUCAACAUCUUCAGACAGCUCAACAGCAUCGUUCAUUGCACGAAGGUAUAUUGAAAGAGUACCUUUUAGUGACAAUUAUCUUCAUCAACCAACUACUUGGACGUUGUGAGAGGCCCAAAGAUCGUAUCGUGCUUCGAAAAGAAUUCUCCGACAGCAGAUUAGAUAAAAUCCUUGAAAAGGUCAAGAGGUUUAAUGAUGAGGGAAUCUUGAGGCACAUAGCUCAUUAUGAUAGUCUUGCUGAAGGAGACUAUUCCAACUUCUUGAUGGAAUCUCUGUUCAGAAUCGAUUCUGAGAAUGAUGCAGAUUCGAUGGAUUCGUCAUUAAGUGACAUCCGAACCAAGCUCGACAACGACCUAAUUGAUCCUACCAAGUUUAAUGGGGACCAUAAUCAAAUGAAUUCAUUCUUGGAGAGAGUGAGAUACAUCAGGAAGUCACGACCAAAGGAUGAGUCUAAGCGACUUUUCAAUAUUCUUGACCUCGUCGCAGAUCAUCUCAUUGAUGAUGAUCUAGGACAUUCCAAAUCCGACUCGAUUGUCAACGUCACUUUGGAAAAGCUCAUUGACCGAUUGGAGAGCGAUGACACUGCUCGUCGUGCUGUCAUGGAAGUGGAAGCGCUCAAACGUGAAAUCGUCGAAUUGAGAGAAAGCAAAGCCACGCCUCAAGCAACCACUGCUACAGAAACCGACAGCUACCAUGUGCGCCGUUUGGAGAAGGAACUCGAGAGACUGAAGAUCACAAUCAUAUCACAAGAAAAACAGAUAAACCUCAUGCUGAACACGAUCAAACGCCUCGACGCUGACUUGCAAAGAUCCAGAAAGCCUUCAGAUGGUGGCAGAAGUCUGUUCACUAGAGCACUGUUUUCUUCCCUUUCAGCAAAUGACAAGUCAAAUCCCAGCAGUGGCGCACAAGGAGUUGUGUUAGAUGAGCUCGAAUACAAGUUAUCAAGGCAGAAAUCCAGGAAUACCAAUUUGAAGAAGUCGAAGGUAACAAGCAAUCUCACGGGGCAUCUUGGUGAUCUGAAGAGUGAAGACAACUUAAUAGCUCUAGGUGCAAAAGGUGGGUUAGGUGAGUAUGAUGAUGGUACCGCUUCUCCACAUAAGGAGACUGAUAGCAGCCAUAAGCUCACUAAAGAAUUUCCAGACUUUGGAAAACUCCUCGCUAAUAAAGCUGGAGCCGCUAAUCAGGCAGCACCCCCACCUCCACCGCCUCCGCCUCCUCCCAAGCUUCCUUCGUUCCUCCCCGAUUCAUCCAAGCCAACUGCUCCUGGCCCUCCUCCACCUCCACCGCCUCCACUCCCACCAAUGCUAGCAGGUACCAAUGGCUCUGGGGUACCGCCGCCGCCUCCACCUCCUCCAUUACCCGCCUUUAUUGGUGUUUCGAGAUUCAUUGCAUCACCUGAUACCCUGACUGGACCUCCUCCACCACCUCCUCUAGCACCUGACUUACUUUCUCCUAACUUGACAGGUGGAAAGAAUGACAGUGAAGGCUCUAAAACCAUUGAUGAAGCGACAGCCGCUGCAUCCUCAAGGAAAAAACUGGCUGUGAAGCUUAAGCCAGUCCAUGUUAACAAUGUCAAUGAUACGACAUCUACAAUCUGGGCUGAUAUCAAGAAGGAGGUCAUUCUAGAGCAGCUCGAGACACAUGGCGCAUACAACGAAGUGCAAACACACUUCAAGGUGAAAGAAAUUCCAAAGAAGAAAGCUGUCAAUGUCAACGCUGUUAAGAAAGCAGCAAAGGCAAAAGAAACACUCAUUCCUCGAGAUAUUGCUCAUCAAUUUGGUAUCUAUUUGCACAUGUACAAUAAUGUUUCUGCGGAGGACCUUGCCCUCAAGAUUUUGCAUUGCGACAAGGACAUUAUCGAUAACAUAAGCGUUCUUGAGUUCUUCACUUCCGAGAUUUUCAACGAUUUUUCAGAGUCCAAGUUCAGAAAUUUUGUUCCCUACUCAAGAGACCUUAGCGAUCCUGAGUCGAAAGCCUCCAAACCUAGUGAUGAUCUUGAAAGGGCUGACAAAGUGUUCCUUGAGAUCUACAAUAUGCGACACUAUUGGAAGUCACGGUCCAGAGCUCUCCUUGUCACUCAAACGUACAAGAAAGACUUUGAGGAUUUGAGGAAUAAAUUGACCAUGAUAGACAAUACAGUGAAGGCAAUCAAAGAAAGUGAAAAUCUCAAACACGUUCUUGGAUUGAUUCUUGAGGUUGUGAACUACAUGAAUGAUGAUGCUAAACAAGCGCUGGGAUUCAAGCUCGAUACUUUGCAGAGAUUGAAAUUCCUCAAGGAUAACUCCAACACCAUGACAUUCCUCCAUUAUGUGGAGAGGAUUGUCAGAAAUAAAUUCUCAGAAUGGGGCUCGUUUGUCGACGAAUUGAAUGUCCUUAAUCAGAUGCACAAUAUCAGUGUUGAGCAGAUUGAGAAGGACUGUGAGGAAUACGAGAGGAAUAUAACCAACACCCUUGUUUCGUUGGAGAAGGGUAAUUUGAAGGAUCCUUCCAUAUUCCAUCCAGAGGAUAAGAUUCUUCGUGUAAUCAGGCGACCCCUUAUUGUUGCCAAAGAAAAUGCCCAUCAGCUUAUUGAGCAGCUUCGCAAAACCGUCGAAGAUCACAGCGCCUUGAUGAUAUAUUUCGAUGAAAAGCCUGAUGACAGCAAUAGCAGGAACACCUUUUUUGCAAAAUUUGCAGCCUUCGUCAGCCAGUUCAAGCAAGUUCACGCUGAAAACGUCCAGAGAGAGGAAGAAGAGAGAGCCUAUGAAAUCAAGAAGCAGGCUAUUCAAAAGAGAGAGAAGAGCAAGAUGUCGAAACGGGCUGGCGCCAACGGUGAGAAGAAUUCCAAACAAGCAUCACAACAGGCGGGCCUGGAGCAAUUGGAAGAUCAAGCAAAUCACCAAGAUGAUGACGAUGAUGACGAUGACUUGGAUGCAGCGGGAGGUGAGGAUGAUUCGACUAGUGUUGCUGCUGUUGAUGAGCUCUUACGCCAGCUCAAAUCGGGAGCUCCUAGAGAGAAGAGCAGGGCACGAGAGAGACAUGGUAAAGUGCUUGCUGAAUUGUACGGCUCCAAAAAUGGCACAAAAACAUCGGAGCUGCUCUCUGGUCAGGAUGCAACGUCUGCAGCAGAUGGAAUGCCAGUUAGUGAGGUUCAGGAGAAGGAUGCGCCACAAACUGAAGAAGAGGAUGUGAUGGUGAGAGCGAGAAGUAUGUUGCAACGUUUACGAAGCACUCCAGAUGUUACGGCCGCCCUACCAAGCCCAAUUGUUGAAGAGCCUGCUCAACCUCCGCACGAAUUGGUUGCAAAAACCGAAAGUGACUCGGUGCAGAACGACGCUGAGCGUGCAGAUAUUGAUAAGGCACCAGAGGAAGUUAUCGAGAUAGGGUCCUCGGAAGGUACCCCAGAAAGUGACUCUGUUGUGGAAAUUGAGUCUGGGCAUGCCGCACCGGUGAACAUCUCGCUGCCAAAAGCGAUAGCGCCUAACCAAUUAGAAGUUGUGAGAGAGGAGUCCGCUAGCCCGAAGACCAUAUUGUCUGAAAGUGUUGAGAAUGCAAAAUAA